UUUGGAUAUAAAUUGUAUUCGUUUUAAAUUACAAAUAUUGGCAUUCAAUUGGAAAUUUAUAUCAGGCAUGGUAUUAUUAUAAAGAAAGGAUCAUAGCUGUUUAUUUCGUACAUUGACGCCUGCAAGUAUAAUGUAUAGCAGUAGCAUCGUCGCAGUUAUAGGGAAGAAUGGCAGGCAGUAGAGAGGUUUAUCCAGAAUGCCGUUUCAAUAUCGACCGAAGAGGGGAUAUAUUGUUCUGGUGCUCUUUUCGGCUGCUACACUGUUGCUAGUGCAUUUUACAUAUCACACUUAUCCUGAAGACGUUUACAGUUUGCACACCAAUUUUAAAGGCAUAACAAAGGGGUACUCUACCAACAAAGCAUUUAAUGUAACCGGAAAAUUCGCCAGUAAGAAUGGUUCAACAUAUUCUGCUUCAGGAAGAAACACUGGAAACAAGUCAGCGCCCAUAAGCACCUUUUAUGUCCGCCAUAUUGCUGCCAAGAAGUUCCCAUUGAUACACUUUGACCUUAUGAAAAUGGAGCCGUUUACAUUCCUCGAAGAAUAUAGAAAUCCAUGCUACGCUAUUGAGCAAACCGAAGACCGGAAACUGCCUUUACAGUGUAUACCAUACUUUUAUCUUAUUGGUGCCCCAAAGUCCGGCACUACGGACUUGUUUAGGAGGCUAAUCAAACACAGGGAAAUCUCAGAGUAUGUUGUAAAAGAACCACACUGGCUAACGAGAAAGAGAUUCUUUUCACAUAAGAGUAAAGUACCACCACACCCUUAUUGGUCAUCCUAUGAGAAAUACUUCCGCGCUGCAACAGGUCAUAUUUAUGCAAAGAAAGACCCCAGCGGUUUCCAUCCUGUUAUUGUUGGCGACUGCAGUGCCUCCACCCUGUGGGACAACGAUUAUUGGACCUUUCUGCCAGAAUACAAGAAUCUCACUGAACCUUUAUAUACCAAUGCCGAUUAUAUUCACCAUUUUAAUCCUGAUGCCAAAAUUAUUGCGAUUGUGAGAAAUCCUAUUGACAGAUUGUAUUCUGAUUAUUUAUUUUUCAAGAGAGGCAUUAACAAAGGACGAAAUAAAUUUCAUGAAGGAGUGAAGUUUGUCUUAAACACGACCAGAUCUUGUCUAGAACGGAAUACUUUACGGCAUUGCUUGUACAAGCCUGAUGCUACCGUUACUGAUUUUGAGGUCCGGUUGCGUAUCGGUGUGUACCAUCUGCAUUUAGAAGAGUAUGUCCGUGUUUUUCCAAAACAGCAGAUCCUUGUUAUAAAAAUGGAAGACUACUCCAAGCAUACAUCGGAGCAUUUGGAUAAAAUAUUCGACUUUUUAAACGUUGCUCGUCUUCCUUCUAAGAAUCUGCAAGAGAUAACAAGUGCAACCAAUAAAAACACUCGGAAAAAAGGAGAUAGACAGAUUGGAGACAUGUUUUCUGAGACGAGAAAACUAUUGCGGGACUUUUACAGCAGCCACAAUACCAAACUCGGGCGGCUGCUGGGCGAGCAGUUCAAUUACAAUAGAGAUGAACAAGGGAUGACUUUUUAG